CCCGCUUCCCUCGCGCUCUCAUCCUGCACCCCGUCUCUCUCUCUCGCGCGGCAACAACAAGCGGGAAAACCACUUCAUUCCUCGCAGCAUCAAAGGCUAACCCCGCAUCGCUAAAGCUAGCGCUCCUACGUGUUUGAAUCGGCGACGGCGUGCGUGCGUGGCUCCCCCCCCCCCCCGUGUUGCGGUUGUUGUCGUCGUUGGGUGCCUGCAUGAGUGAAAGAGGUGUGAGCAUGUGUGCCGACUUGAAAGGAAGAGUGAGGAUGCGUGGUGGGCAGAUGUAGUGAGUGUGUUGUCGUGAGAGUCGUGUUGUACUUGUAGCGUUUCUCUUUGGACAACGGCCGGACCGGCUCGAUUAGCCUGCUGCUGGGAUGUCUUCUUCUGGGGGUUCAACGGACGGGAGCCAGAGAAACUCUCUGGAGCUGGACGGGGGGGCGCAGGGCCAGCGGGGGCCCCCUGCGGAGCCGCCCGGCGUGGGGGGCCAGGUGAAGCUGAAGAGGUACAACCUGGAGGACAACUUCCACCACGACAUGGAGCAGUACCUCUCCACGGGGUACCUGCAGAUCGCCGAGAGGAGAGCGCCGAUAGGCAGCAUGUCGUCCAUGGAGGUGAACGUGGACAUGCUGGAGCAGAUGGACCUCAUGGACAUGUCUGACCAUGAGGCCAUGGACGUGUUCCUGCACACCGGCGGGGACGACAACAGCGCCGCCUCCCCUGUCACAGGCCCAGACAUGGAGCCCUACACCACAGAGAUCAGCCUGAAGGUGCCAACCCAGGCGGAGCUACGUCACAAGCUCUCCUCCCUCUCCCCCACCUGCACCGACAGCCAGGACACCGAUGGAGGAGAGGAGGAGGACGACGGAGAGGUGGAGGAGCAGGGGGAAGGUGGAGGACACAGCGGGAGGAGCAGUGGCAGUAGUAGUAGUAAUCAGAACAGUGGGGAGGACCUCUGCCGAUAA